AGGUUUCGUGCAGCGCUGCGCUCAGUGUGACACUUCGGUCAGCGAGGACUCUCUCCGUCGAGCCAACAAAGCUCUGGAUCACAUCGUCCAGCAGGGAGUCAGAGUGCUGUCUGAACGCCUGUACCUGCACAUCAGGCCUUUCUUCGAGCGGCUGGUGAAGAGGAAGUGGCUCAGCAACACGGAGCCGUACGAGCAGAUCGAAACUCUGAUCAAAGAAUACUUCAAGAAAUACCACAGGAUGGACAGCCCGCCCUACCAGCUGCUGGUGGCCGAGGUCCACCGCCGCGUCGUCACCGAGUAUCUCCGCUCCGUCAUGCGCGGCAGAAUCAUCUGCACCUCCAUGAAGAUGAGGAAGAGGAUGGCCGGCCGGCUCCGAGACGAAGGCAAACAGAUCAAAGUCCUCUUCAAGGACCUGGAGUCUCCAUCCAGCUGGUUGGACAGCGCUCUGUCUCACAUCUCAGAGAUCAUCCAGCUGGAGGAUGUCCCCUCCAUCCAGAUGGAGGUCGGAGUUCUGGUCCGAGAGUUUCCAGACGUCAGGAAGAAGCACGUGUCCGCCAUCCUGAACAUCCGCGGCAUGACCCGCCAGGCGGAGCGUCAGGAGAUCAUCAACAUCGUCAAAGACAUCGAGAGCACCGACGGCGGCGGUUCGAUCCGGAUGUCCCGGGACCGCGCCCUCUUCGCCGAGGUGCCGGUCACCUCCGAGGUCCACUGCCUGAACGUUGGCCUGAGCCGCAUCGCCCUCACCGCCUCGUCCUGCUUCAGCUCGCUGCGGCCGCGGCGACCCAAAGCCCGAACGCCCGUCCAGGACAACCCCGACGACGGCCUCUGAACCGCCGAGCUCAGAUCUUUAUCGAGACAAUCCUGACGGGAAUUUAACGCCGGGAGUUGAAGCUUGGUUGUUUGGAUGAAAACGAAGCUGCUGUGGUUUAAUAAAUUAACUGUUUGCUAAGCCCCUCCCACCCAAACUACAGCUGUCCAAUCACAGCUUAGCAACACUAACGAGUCACAGCAGAAACAGAAGAGAGAAAGAGCUUUUUUACUCUCUUCUACAACAGACCUGUCAACUCUCUUUCGUUUCCUUAUUUGCUCAUAAAUCUCCACAUUUCCAUUUUCUUCCAUUUUCACAGUCGUACAGUUGUUUCAGUUUCAGAUAAAGCAGCAUCUUUGAUCGUCCUUCUACUCUUUGACAAGUCACGACGGUCAUUCAGUCAGAAAACAGCACGAGAAAUGGACAACGAAAUAAGUAUUUUCCAUUACCGACAAAAGAUCUGUUAGAUUUGCUUCAACAUUAAAUAUCACAAUAAAAAAGACAGCCUGUGAUCAAAUUACAGCAAAUUCAUUC